GCAAACAUUCGCACACUCACACCAACAUCCGGACUUUUUUUCCAGUAAUUCACAGAGCGGAGGACGAAGAAGUAAAAUUGUACAUAACACAAGUGUGGGCUGUGUCAACAAUGGCGAAACGAGCUGGCUUUUACCUGUCCUUACUCAACUUUAUUUUCUUUGUGGCGGGCGCGGCGGCAGCAGCGGUGGCGGGGCUGCUGAUGGAUGGCAACAGGGAGUACGGGGCUCUGCUGGGAGGAGGGAUGUUCACACUGCCUCUCAUAGUUCUUUUUGUCGGUAUGGGACUACUCCUUCUGGCUCUGCUCGCCUGGAUCGGAGUCCUCCACGCUAGUACCUGUCUCCUGUACACGUACGCAGGGCUGCAGCUGGCGGCGGUGGCGACAGAGAUUGUGGUUGUGACGCUUGUUCUCGUGUACAAAGAGAGGACGGAGAAGGCAGUGCAGAGAGCCAUGACAGGAGUUUUCCGCAGUUACGGUCAUGAAGACAACGUAGCUGUCACGUUUUCUCUCGACCGCGCCCAACACAAACUUCAGUGUUGCGGGGUGCUCAGCUUCGUAGAAUGGGGCAACACCACCUUCGGGGCAGAAUACGGUGUGCCGGACGGUUGCUGCCGGACGCUGACUGAGGGCUGUGGACAAGGAAUUCUGCUACGCCCUGAGUUUUCCGCCAAGCAGGCCGUUCAUAGCCGUGGCUGCUACACCACCGUCAGGGGGCAGGUGGAGCGCGGAGUCUCAGCCAUCAUCGCUAUGGUCGUGAUUUUUGUUUUUGCACAAGUCCAGCACUUUGGCAGCUGUCUCGUCUAAUCAGCGGGGCGAUACGCGGGACACUAUGGAGGCUGCCUGUCUUGCACAACGUCAGACUGAACAGUGGGAGACUCAUCGAAAGCAAGUUUAUGUCAGUCAUCGAGUUGCAUUGAAUUUUAAGCCUGGCGAACAAUUCUACUUCUUUAAUUUCCGUUCUUGUUUUGAUGAUCCAAUAUUAGUAGCAGUAGUAGCAGUAUCACAAGCUGGGAAAUAUUGAUAACACGAGGAACAUAUAUAAAGCAAGGGUAGCAAAGAGGGAUAGAGAUGAUUUUAGUGUGUAAUC